AUGCUGUUCGUGUUGUCUGUUGCUGGUCUUCUUGCUGUUUUUCUCUACUACGUGGGCCGUUGUCAGGCUGAUGAGCGCGCCCGUGCCAUCGAGUAUCAACAACGGCUCAGAAAGGUACGUCCCGUUUCUUCUGACCGUGUCCGCUGCUGGCCCUCCCGUUCUCGUCUUCGUCGUCGUCGUCUGUUGCUCCGUCUUCGCUACCCUGUUGUAGAGCCGGUUGCUGUAGAGCUUCCAGCUACUCCCUCCCCUGUGUCUUCUGUUGCUUCGUCCCCAUUCAUCUUGUCCCCUGUGUCUUCUGCUGUUUCGUCCCCGUUUAUUUUGUCCCCUGUAUCUUCUGCUGUGUCUUCCCCUUUCCUUUUGUCCCCUGUUUCUUCUGCUUCUUCUUCCCCUUUCCUUUUGUCCCCUGUGUCUUCUGCUUCUUCUUCCCCUUUUCUUUUGUCCCCUGUUGAUAGUGUUGUUUCUUCCCCCUUUAUUGUAUCCCCUGUUGAGUCUGGCGUUUCUUCCCCUUUCCUUUCUUCCCCCUUGUCUGAGCGUUCUGUUUCUUCCCCUGUUCCCCCUGUUGAGUUGAGCGUUCGUCUUGCUGCGUUGCGUGCCCGCGUUCUUGCUCUUUCUUCUGGUCCAGCAGCGGACCAUACCCCCCUUCCUGCCUCUGCCCCCUCCCGCCGUGUUGCACGUAUCCGCCAAGGGGUUCCCUUGGUGGUGCGUCCAACACGGAUUCCCACUCCCGUUCCCUCCCGCGUCUUCUCUGCCCUCCCGCUAGUGCUUGAAAGAGACGCACGCCCCUUCGCUGAGACUCUAGGUCCCGUCGCCGCAACACCCAUGGACAUCCGGAACAUCCUUCGCGCCCAAAGACUGGUCGCCAACGUCGCUGCUGAGGCACGCAGCUCCAACUCUUUACCAAGAAAGAGUGCUUUGCGAACCACCACCAGCGUGGAAAAUACCAAGCGAGUCAGUUUUCACGAAGCUGUCACCGUUGUGAAUGUCGAGAAGUGGGUGGUGCCUGGUGUGCACUCAGCUCUCAACUAG